CCUAAUUAAACAAACAAAAAAAACCUCACAAACCCUAACCCUACCUCUCGGCAGUUCCAGCGGCAGCAGCGCCGCCUCUCCCUCUCGUCGCCGGCUCUCCUCUCCCCAAUGGCCGACAGCGAGAUCACCUCCAACACCAACGCCACCCCGGCCAAGCCUCCUCAUCUUGCUUUCACGACGGUUUCCAACGUCAAACUCCAUGUUCCGGUUCUUCUCAGCCUCUCUCAACUGAACUACAAGAAGUGGAGUCGCCUCUUUCUCCUCCUGGUAAGCCGAUUCAAUCUCCAGGGCUACAUCAACGGCUCCGUCGUCCCUCUCUCUGAAGACGAUGAUGAAUGGCUCCAACUUGAUGCUCUCCUCCAGGGAUGGAUUCUGUCCACCAUCUCUGACGAGGUCUCCGAUCUGGUUAUCUCCUCUGUCUCCACCGCUUCUGCUCUCUGGAAGGUUAUUCGCGAUUUGUUUCACGACAACAAAAAUGCUCGUGCCAUGCAACUAGAACACGAGUUCCGCACCACCGUCAAAGGCAACACCACCAUGGUGGCCUAUUGUCAACACCUGCAAAAUCUUGCCGAUUGGCUAGACGAUGUUGAUGCCCCGGUGUCCCAACACCAACUUGUCCUUCAGAUGCUUCGUGGUCUCCCCGAGGAUCUACAGGCCCAAACAUCUUUUCUUCAAUUUCAGGAUCCACUUCCCACUUUUCUCCAAGCCCGCUCCGCUCUCAUGUUAUUGGACCGGCAACGAUCUCCCAUGACCGACGCUGGCAGCACGGCACUGCUUGCCGGUCGGCAUGGUGCUAACAGCGGCGGGCGGCAGCAAUCCAGCGGCGGCAGCGGGGGGGGCUCAGCACGGCGGCAGCAGCGGAGGCAGCUUCCAUGGCGGCGGGUUUCAGCACGGCGGCAGCUAUGGUGAGGGCGGCUCCUUCGGACAGAGCAACGGCUAUGGACGUGGCGGCGGGCGAGGCAACGGCUCUCGGGGUAGAGGUCGUGGAUGACAAAGCAGCUCGAGGCAACGACCUUAUCCCGACGGAUCCAACGCCUGGAACUCACCUUACCCAAACCAUAACCCGGGCCUUGUAACGCCCCAAAACAUACCUUAGAAUUAUUAAUAGAUAAUUAUUAAAAUAAAUCAAAUUUGUUUUGAUUAAAAUAAAUUGUUAUGG